AAGGGAGAUGGGAGGAGGUUAGCGCCAUCAUCAUCUCUUCCCUUUCAUCUUUUUCUUCUUUAUCAGACGAAGAUAGAUAUGUCCACGUGUCUUAAGAUAACACACACACACACACACACGCACACACACACACACACACACGGGUACCCUCUCCUCACACGAACACGCACACUCCCUCCCUCACACUUCGACAUGCAAGCUCUCCUUUUUCUAAUAUCGUGCGUCGCGGUGGUUGUGGUCGUGGGCGGCAGUGGUAGGAUGGUGGAGGUGGUGUUGGGGAGCGGGGGCGUUGUGAGGGGGGCGCAGAGGACCAGUAAGGGGGGCAAGGGGUAUUUUGCCUUCUCUGCUAUCCCAUUUGCCGAGCCCCCCGUGGACAGGAAAAGGUUCAUGCCCCCCGUGCCGCUGCCCCCCCUGGAAGGAGUGCUGGACGCUACCCAAGACGGCCCCCCGUGUGCCCAAGCCGCCCUGGGGAUUUCUGAAGGGGAGGAAGACUGCUUGCACCUCUACGUCUAUACCCCUGAGGUUCCUAUCGCCGGGGGGUCAAACGUGAGUCUCCCCGUGGUGGUCUGGCUACACGGUGGGAGUUUCGUGGUGGGGGGCGCCGCUCCCCUGGAUGAGUCUCUGCUGAUGGACAGACCCCUGGUGUUGGUGAUUCCCCAGUACCGCCUCGGCCUCCUGGGGUUCUUCCACACACCCACAGGGACGGCCACUGGUAACAUGGGCAUGAUGGACCAGGUGGCGGCUCUCCAGUGGGUACAAGACAACAUCGGGGCCUUUGGUGGUGACCCGGGGCUGGUUACGUUGGCGGGAGACUGUGGGGGCGGGGCAGCUGCUAUAUACCACAUGCUGUCUCCUCUGUCCAGUGGCCUCUUCCAUCGUGUUCUCUCCCUCUCCGGCUCGCCCCUCUCCCCCUGGGCGCUCUACACCAAUAAUCACCGCUUCAUGCUCAUCCUCGCUAACUACGUGAAGUGCCCCGCCCAUGACCAGCGCCUCACCGUCAAGUGCUUUCAGGAGGUGGACCUAUGGGAGCUUCUUGACCCCGUGCAGAUGCUAUGUGAGUCACGUGACCUCAUGGUGGGGAAUCAUCGCUUGGCGCCCACGGUACAGGAGAUCGAGAACAGCCACGCCUCGACCCUCUUCCUGCACGCCCAUCCCCUUAGACUCCUCCUCCAGCCCCCGACCAACCCCGUCCCCGUGGUGAUGGGUGUGACCAAGAACGUGGGGACUUACCUCGUGGACAUGUUGCUGUACGACUUCAUGAACGACCAGUUGGAGAACGACCCGGAAUUUUUGGAACGUAUGCUUGAAAUGAUGAUUCGGGAAAGUCGCAUCCCCGACGCCGCGACCCACAAGCAAGAGUUCCAGGAUUUCUACUUCCCCGAUGAGGAAUUCAACAACCUCACCGCUCUCCUGCCCGGUCUAGCUAAGAUGCUGGGAGACAUUCAUUACCACGCGGGCAUCCUCGGCGCUGCCUCGUACAUGUCUGAACACGUUGACACCCGAGUGAUGAGGUUCGAAUUCGAGGGGGGGCCAAGUCUCUUCACCCAGCGCCACCCGGACCCCCAGGCGGCGCCCCCCCUGCCCCCCACGGCCGGCCACGGGGACGAGGUGGCCCUGAUCUUACCUGAGGAGCGCCGGUCCCUUACACCUGAGCAAGAGAGGGCCAGCGCGCGCCUCCUUGAUAUGGUGGAAAAUUUUGCGUAUGGAAGGCCCCCACGUGAAGACUGGCCGAAAUUCACCCGGGACGAACUCUCCUCCCUGGUCUUCACGGCCGAGGGAGAGUUCGCCACGCAGCCCUUCUCGGCACCGGACAGAACAGAGAUGCUGGGCCGAAUAAACGCCUGGCUCCAUCGUAAGGUUCUGAAGGAGAUGAAGGAGGAGGAGGAGGAAGAGGAUGGUAGUAGUAAUAGUAGUAGUAGAAGGGAUGAACUGUAGUGAGUUAGUGAUGAUGUUAGUGGUGAUGAUGAUGGUGGUGUUAGUGGUAUUGAUGGUGAUGGAAGGUAUUAUUUUCUAUUCCUCAUUGUUUUAUUUCUUGUUUUAAUUUCGUUCUUGUUUUAAAAUUAAGUUGUUUAUAUAUAAGAAAGAUCAAUUUGGAGUCUUUUGUUUUAAACGUGUUCUGUUCGUGUUUUGGUGAAAUAAAUGGAAGUGGAUU